AUGCAAUGCUGUAAAGCUCUUUUCGAUUAUGACACUGGAAAAGUGCCUACUGAAACAUCAUUCGAAGUCAGCUUCUACGAAAUUUACAAUGAACACGUCUACGAUCUUCUGGCAUAUUUCAGUGAUGAGGAGAACCAGGAUAAAUCCAGCCUUCGAGUACGCGAGCACCCAAGAAAUGGACCGUACGUAGAAAAUCUUACAAUGCAUGUUAUCUCAAAUUCUGAUGAAGUUCAACGUCUCAUUGAUCGAGGAAUCGCUUCAAGGCAAGUCCAGGGGACCACUGCUGAAACGUUGGCCAACCCCAAAAGUAGUCGAAGUCACUCGGUGUUUACAAUCUAUAUUAAUCAGCUUAUUCAAGGCGUUUCCGGUGCUGUCACACUUCAAUCAAAAUUGCACCUAAUUGACCUCGCUGGAAGUGAAAAGAUUCACAACCUUCCAAGUCGGUGCUACCUAUCGGAGACGAAGAAUAUCAACAAGUCCCUUUGUACUCUUAGCAUCGUUAUUCGUAGGUUGGGUAAGUGGAUGUUAACACUAUGA